CUCAGUUGGGAACAGUAAUUUGAAGUAAACAUAAAGUAAAAAGAAAUAGAAUCAUAUACAUUAUACGGUAAUAUUUAUAGUAAAAAAGAUAAUUGGGAUUUGGUAUUAAAAGUUGGUGCGUAUGAAUUAUCAUAUUUAAAGUUUUAAAGAUAAUGCAACUGAAGGUUUGACUUUCCCUUCUUGGUGCUUAAAUUUCUGAAAGAUUUCCUAGUUCGAUAAUAAUUUGCAUAUAUUUUUACAAAUUGUGACGCAUACACAGGAUAUUUUCUAAAAAUCAACCUCACUCAUACGAUUAUAUAUGGAUUAUAUAACUCUUCCAGACAGGGCCUUAGCGUGCGUUUCCUAGAGAAACAACAAUUUAAAACGAUAUACAAAAUAGGAGAUAUCAGUGCAAUAUAAGAGGAUUUUUUGUGCCUUAGUUUUAUAGGGUUUUAUACUCCUCUACCAGUUUACUACCAGCAGUAUGGAAGAAAACCAUCCAAGGGGUGCAAAUAACGUCAGGGUAUAUGUAAGGAUCAGGCCCUUUAACGAAAGAGAAGUUAAAGAAGGUAAUAAAGGAAUUAUUGUUUGUGAUUAUGAAGAAAAUGUGGUGCUUUUAAAGAAGCCUCCAGAGAAGUGUACUGGAAAGGAUCUUGACAACAAAUACUUUAAAUUAGAUUACAUUUUUUCUCCCACUUCGGCUCAGUUGGAUGUUUAUCGCAUAGUUGCUGCACCCUUAGUUGAACAAGUCUUUGAUGGGUACAAUGCAACUAUUUUUGCCUAUGGUCAAACUGGAACUGGAAAAACAUUUACUAUGACAGGAAAUUAUCAAGUCUCAGAGUUGAGAGGAAUAAUACCUAAUACAUUUACCCAUAUUUUUACUCAAAUAGCUAAUUCAAGUGAAGAUAGGUCAUUUAUUGUAAAAGUUAUGUAUUUGGAAAUAUACAAUGAAGAGGUUCGAGAUUUACUGGGGUCUGAUCCGAAUAAAAAGCUUCAAAUUAAAGAAAGAAAAGAUAUUGGGAUUUAUGUAAAAGAUUUAUCAGGAUUUACAGUGGAUUCUGUAGAAUCAAUUACACAAUUGAUGGAUAGGGGAAAUAAGAACAGAAUAACCAGAUCAACAAUGAUGAAUAAUGUUAGCUCCAGGUCUCAUGCAAUAUUUACAAUUGUUGUUGAGUCUAAAAACAGGCACACAAACAAAACAACUGUUGGAAAAUUGAACCUUGUGGAUCUUGCUGGUUCUGAAAGGAUUAAGAAGACAGGCGUUACUGGAGAAGGUCUGAGAGAGGCAGGCAAUAUUAAUCAAUCUCUUUCAACCCUUAGUAAUGUCAUCCAAGCAUUAGUGGAAGGUAAAUCAUUUGUUCCGUACCGAAAUUCAAAGUUGACGCGGUUAUUACAAGAUUCAUUAGGUGGCAAUUCAAAAACUUCAAUGAUUGCAAUGGUGAGCCCAGCAGAGCAAGAUUAUGAAGAAUCCCACAGUACACUGAGAUAUGCCCACAAAGCCAAGUACAUUAAAAAUUAUGCUAAAAUCAAUGUUGAAGAAAGCGGUCUUAUUGAACACUUUGAACAGGAAAUUGCUGAACUACAACAAAAACUAUCCCUACUUACUAUGGUUUCUGAACAACCAAAAUCUAGGAAAAAAGCAAAAUCGGAGCUAGAUGUUGAGAAAAUUAAGAAAGCUGAAGCGGAAAUGGAAAGAAUUGAGCAUGAAAAACGGGAAUUAGAAGAUCGUUUGUCAAUAAUACAGAAGAAAAUCAUUUGCGGUGGUGAAAACCUUUUGGAGAAAGCUCAACAGCAAGAAUUCCUACUCCUAACAUCUGGACAAGAAUUAGAAAAUUUAGACCGUAGCCACCAACAACUUGAAGAGCAAUACAACAGAAUGACAGAAGAGAAAAUUGAUAUUGAAGAGAAAUAUUCAUCUCUCCAAGAAGAAGAUGGGGCACUAAAUAAGAAAAUCAAAGUUGUACAAGAAAGAAUUAAAGAAGCAAAGGAAGAGUACGCCGAUAAAGAGCAUGAAUACCAAAGAGACAUGGAAGGUCUUAACGACAACAACCGUCUGUUAGUCAGAGAAAUGCAGUUAUCUAACUUGAUGAUUGAUUAUUACAUACCUGCAGAAUAUAAGAAAGUGAUACAGCAGUACUGUAUUUUCAACAAUGAUACACAGGAAUAUCAGCUGCAGGGAGUAGCAUAUACUGGCAACAACAUGCGCAAACGUCAGAUGGCAAGUGAGGAAGCUCCUGCUGUAAAAUUCGAGAUGAAGCAGGUUUACCACAAGUAUCCGGAUAAGAAAAAAGUGACAAGCAAAAGAUCUCUCCUGAAAGCUUACUCUGCUGUGCCAAAACAAACUAGAUAAGUGAUAUAUGGGCUUAGAAUUUAAAUCCUUUGAUUCCAAACGCAUACUGUUCUAGUCUAUGCAGUAUUUUUCUAAUUAUGAUAUUAUGAAGUAUAGUAUUUUUAAUCAGUGCUUUGCUGACCUAGUCCUUUAUCAACUGUUAUUUUUGAGUCACGUUUGUUUGUAUAUUUGUCUUAUUUUUGUAUCGUUGGCUAUUUUUGUUACAGAAAUGCAAAUUUUGACUAAGUGAGGUCAUCAAAAUAAUCAAAAAUAUACAUUUUUGUUGGUUUUAUAAGGAAAGUUAUUUUGUUAAUAUCUCUAGCUAGUCAAUUUCUGCAAAAAAUGAUUAUUUGUAAUUGUUAUUAAGUUUUAUUCAUUUUUAGAAAGAUUUUUAUAUAUAUUUCUUCUUUUAUUUAUAAUAGUCAAUAAAGAUUACUACCCAAUAAAUAAAAAA